ACUGACGUCAUCAAGAGGCGACUCUCGCACCUCGCAAAGAACCACAACAUUCUAGAGCACAGAAAAAACGGCAGACAGUGAAAACAGUCACCCAGUCGGUCACAUCUCAUAUCAGCCUGUUCACGCCCGGGCGCCGCCGCAGCAGCCGCCGUCUGCCGAGCGCAUCCGUCCGUGGAGGAACAGACAGACAGACAGACGGACCUGGCAAUGAUGGCGGACUGUGUUGGCUUUCAAGCGCAAAUCGCCUCGAUUAUAGAGAUAUUGGCCAAUUCGGCAGUGGCAGAGAUCUGCAAACUGGUGGACGAUGGCUACGCGGCGCUGCGCUCCCAGAUGGACCUGGAGCGGGAGAAGAGCGAGAAGGAGAACGAUGCCCUGCGGCAGAAACUGCGAGAAAUAGACGUGAAGGUGCGGAACUACGAGAGGAAGAUGAGGAGACGAAAUCAGCGGGAGGAAAUGCACGCCGUUCAUUUUAGGCCACCCGAAGGAGCUGAGGACCAUCAGCCUGUGGUGCCGCCUCUUCCUGCCGCCUCUGAAGACAAACCCUUUCAUCACAUUUCAAAGCAGGACGAAACCAAGGGGUUGCCACUGGUGAAGCAGGAAAGGGUGGAGAAAGAUGACUGCAACCUGGACCUCAAGGUGGAGGUCAAUAUCAGGGCCGAGUGUGGCCUGUCUACUGCCAUGGAACCCAGUGAGGAACCCCCCCCCAGUGAUAUUGUUCUUAACACCAGUGUCGCCAACAACACCUCCACCACCCAGACCUCUUCUUCCCCCACCGAUGCCACAAUGGACCUGACCUGCAGGCCUCGAGCCAAACGUAAAGCUGCCGUACUUCUGGGCAACAGUUUGACAUCCGGCUGUGGGGGGGUCACGGCCUCCGAGGCUACUCGCAGGGACCUUGGAGGGACCCUAAUAGAUGGUGCUCUGAAGCCAGAGAUCCAGACAGAUGAUGCCACAGAAGAUGAACUUCAUCCCCCUCAGCUGUCAGCCCCCGUAGCCUCCGAUGAGCCCAGCCCCGACCGCCUCAACAGUCUGGGCCUGGACCUGGCCUGGAUGCAGGAGAGGGUCAGCCAUCUUGGUGCAGCAUACGCAGUAGCACAGCUGGGUUUGGGGAACACAGAAACUGGCCACCCCUCUGCCUCCUUCCCCUCGCAGGGCGGAGGAGACAGUCUAGACGGCCCUCCAACCAUGCUCUUCACAGGUGGCGCUCACGAAAUGGCUGCUUUCGCCGCCUCCUUCGACAUGGCCGCUGCCGCUGCUGCUGCUGCUGCCGUCGUGGCUGCAUCACCUCCACCGCCGCCUCCACCCCCUCCCACUACAGCUCCCUCUGCCACCACGACUAUCCCGAGGCGGCCUUACGGUAGCAGCGCUGCUGCUGCUGCUGCUGCUGCUGCUGCUGCUCAAGAGCCUGUGGUGUGCGCUGUGUGCGGGCGCGUCUUCCCCAGCGCAGCCGCCCUGGAGCUGCACCAAAGGGUGCACACAGGGGAGAGGCCCUACACCUGUCCCCACUGUGGGAAGGGCUUUGCCCAGCCCAACAACCUGCGGGUCCACCUCCUCAUCCACACCGGGGAGAGGCGUUAUCGAUGUACACUGUGUGGGAAGAGUUUCAUCUCGUCCAGCCACCUGAAGAGGCACCGCACGGUCCACACACAGGAGAAGCCCUACAGCUGCUCGCGGUGCGGACAGUCCUUCAGCCAAAUGUGUAGCGUUCGCAGACACCGGCAGCAGUCCCAGUGUGGUUUGUAGACUGACCGCUGGGGGAGGCGGAUGGCAUCUGGAACUGAUCCUCGUACAGUUUGGGGCCUAUGACGGGUGAAUGAUUGAAAUCCUUUACAUGGAAAUUCUAGCGUCUAAUGUAAGCACGAACUAAAGAAGCAAGGCUGUAUCCUGUGAUGUCAUGGCACGUAGAGUUGAUAUUUAUCCUAGAUCAUAGCAGUAAUAUGUGAAUUCUGUUUUUUUAAGGCAAAGGAAAGGAUUUUCCCUGAAGGCCUCUCAACCUUUUCCUACUCCUUGUUUUAAACGGAGAGAGGAUCACAGAGUGGUAAAAGAGUGCCUGAGACAGUGUUGAUAACACUAAAUCCAUCAAAUUGUCAUUAAAUGGUCUUGUUUGUAUUUACAUAGCUAACACAUUUGGGCUGAUGAUGCUGGGACACUGCCAACAUCACAGUGUACCUGCACUGUCCACUGACCACUUUUUCAAACAGGAUGAACAGAACAGGAAUAUUUUGAGCACCUUACAGCUCUAUAGUAUUGAUGUAAUGAGUUGACUUAUAAUAUGACUUGACUUAAAAUACAAUUAAAGUUCAUCCAACGUUAAGCAAAACAAAAACAAAAAUCUAUUCUUGCCUUAUCCUACUGUGAUUUCCAGAUUUCCAUUUCCAGACACUUCCAGCUGUUGUUUUUUUAGGACUGCUGGCACUACAAGAUUUAAUUUCUCUCACUGCAAAGUGUCAAUAUCAAAGGAUGCUGAGAUGUCUUCAGUGAAGUUCUUUUUUUUUUCUUUCAUUCUUUUUGACUGAAAGCAGGGAGAACCUGUUAGCUUAUGCCUUGUUUCUACUGUAUGGUACGGCUCUGCCUGACUCGACUCACUUAUUGGCACAUUAAAGGUCCCAUGACAUGGU